UGCCACAAGUCUUGCACAAAGUUCUCAAUUUCGUGGGUUCUCUUUAUUUAACGAUCUGUAUUCGCACAUGUAUUUGAAAUUUGAGCUAAUGACGUCAUGCGCAGUGGGAGCUCACAGAGUUGCGCGGUACCCAUUAACGUCAUCUGUGACCCUCGUCGCGCUGCGGAUCAGGGCAGCAUAAAACUUUGCCACACGCAGCACAUACACAAACAAAUCAACAGCAACAGCAGCAACAGCAAUGCUAAUCCAACUCCUGCAGGCGCAGUGUGUGAAGUGCUGCUAAUUAAAGGGGAGGGGCGAGCGAGCAAGCAAGCAAUUCAAAUCAAAACAGUGCACAAAGCAGUGUGAGCGCCAUCCAUCCCCAAAAACCGAGAGCGCAACAGUUGAAUAUGCAGCCAGCGCAGCCUGGGGGCUACCCUAGCCGGAGCGGCAAGCCACAGGACUGCGGCACCUUGUCGCGCGAUGAUUUCGAUGGCGAUCCUGUUAGCAUUGAUGAAGUGGAAACGUGCCUGUUCCUAGGCAAUCUGUCGGCAGCCACACAUAUGGAAACGCUUAGAUCGUUUAAAAUUACGCAUAUCCUGACGCUGGACUCGGUGCCGCUGCCACAGCACAUUUUAGAGGCGAGCUUCCUGACCACCAAAUACGUGCAAAUUGCCGAUAUGCCACGCGAGGAUAUACUACAGCAUUUGGAGGCUUGCGUUGACUUUAUUGCCAGCGCUGUGGAGCAACAGCACAAUGUCCUUGUCCACUGCUACUUUGGCGUCAGUCGCAGCUCAUCCGCUGUCAUUGCGUACGUGAUGAAGCGCCACAAUCUGGACUAUCAGGCGGCAUAUGAGCUAGUGCUGGCCAAGCGUCGCUUUGUGCAGCCGAAUGCUGGAUUUGUGGCACAGCUGAAGCUCUUUCGUCGCAUGGGCUACAAGAUUGAUCCCGGCUAUCAGCGCUAUAAGAUGCAUCGUCUUCGACUCGCUGGCGAGCAGAUGCGCAAGGCAAAAAUAUUGCCGCAGAGCUUCCAUAAUGUUGUGCGUCCGGAUCCGGAUAUAACACGCGAGAAUCCCGAACCAAUUGUGUUUCGCUGCCGUCGCUGUCGCCGCGUGCUUGCCUCCAAGUCGAAUGUCCUCGAACAUCGACCGCGUGGCCAACCAAUGGCACCACCGGCCCAAGAUACCAUCGAGCCAACGGAGCCACGUUUGCUCGACCAGCUGUCGGAGCGCUUACGCAAGGCAUCGCUGGGCUCACCGAGUCAUGAAAAUACCGGCUCGAGCAAUCAAAAUCAAUGUCGCAGCCUGUUGUUUGUGGAGCCCAUUGCCUGGAUGCAUCGCAUCAUGCUCAAUACCCAAGGGCGACUCUAUUGUCCCAAAUGCGAGCAGAAGCUGGGCAACUUUAGCUGGAUCAAUGCCUGCCAGUGUCCUUGUGGAGAGACAAUGACGCCUGCAUUUUAUUUAAUACCUUCCAAGGUGGAGCUCUCCAAGGCCGUGCAGAAUGUGCAGACAACUGUUUAAUUGUUUAAGAAUUGGCGCUGUUUUUAGAUAUCGAAUUGAUUCGAUUUCGUGCAGCUUAUACUCAAUCUAUAUGUAUUUGUACUAUAUGUAAUUGUUAACAACAAAUCAAAUGUUAUAGCUAGCUAAUGAAAUUCGCAAAUGCUGUUUUAAUUAUAUAGUUUAAGGCCUGUAUGUAAAUAUACAUAUCUGAUCCAAAAUGAAAUCGGUUUGUGCUGUUCCAUAAAUAUGCAUUUGGCAUUUGUAUUUUGCAUAUCGCUUAUUGCAUAUAUCAAAUAUUAAUGUUAAUUAUUUUAAAUGUAUUUACAUGAUUUUGUCAAACACUUUUUGGAGUAUUUUGCGCAUUGUUGUGUGUGGACUAAACCAAAAGCCACUAAAACCAAACCGAGUAGAAAACCCCAUCUUCCAAACCAAAAAAAAAAAAUAAUAAAAAUAAAAACCAAAAUCAAAAUGUGAAAAUGUUUCGGUGACAAUAUUUAAAAUUUAAACUAUAAUUAUGCUAUAAAUGUAAUACUAAAUGAUGUAGUAAUCCGAUGUUAUAAAUGUUGUACUAUAUGAUAUAGUUAUCCGAUCUGCAACAAGUAUCACAUAGGCUACUUAAUUGGCGAUCAGAAACGUCUCUUCUUAUUCGAAAAUUGUUAAAAAUAUUAAAUCUCUUUCACGAGCAUCAAAUA